GGUUAUGUGCUCAUUUUGGUUCCGAGGUCUGUGUGCCUGUGUUGUGUUUGAGGGUUAUGUGUGUCCAUGUUAAUUCUAAGGCGUAUGUGUUUGUGUUGGUUCUGAGGUAUGUUUGUGUGUGUUGGAGUCUGAGGAGUGGAGUCCUGUUGGUUCUCGGGUGUGUGUGUUCAUGUUGUGUCUGUGGGUUAUGUGUCUGAGUGGUUCUCAGUGGUGUGUCUGUGUUGGCUGUUGAGGGUGUGUGUCUGCUCUGAAGGGCGUCUCUGCAUGUGUUGGGUUCUGAGCAGUGUGUUCCCGUAUGGGUCUGAGGAGCGUGUACCCCGCUGGUUUCUGAAGGGUGUAUGCCUCCAUGUUGGGUUCUGAGUGGUGUGUGUGUGUGUGCGCACACGCCUGCCUUGAGUUCUGAGGGUAUGUGUGCCUGUUUGGACUCUGAGAGGUGUGUUUGUGUGUUGGGUUCUGAAGGUUGUCUGUCUCUGGUGGUUUUGAGGGUUGUGUGUGUGCUGGUGUUAAAACUGAUGGUUGUGUACCAGGUGAGUUCAGAGGGGUCUGCUCCCAUGUCGGGGAGGAGGGGAACGUGUACCUUUCUUGGGUCUGAGGGUUGUGUGUCUGUGUUGGGUUGUGGCGUGUGUACCUGUGUGGUAUAUGAGGUGUGCAAGCACUUGAAUUGGGUUCUGAGGGGUGUGUUCACCUGUGUUGGGUCUUCAGUUUGUGCCCGUUUUGGGUUCUGAAGGAUGUGUGUGCAUGAUCAGUUCUGAGGGGUCUGUUGCCGUGCUGGGUUUUGAAGAGUGCGAGUGCCUACAUUGGGCUCUCAGGGGUGUGUGUGUGUCCAUGCUGGGUCUGAAAGGUGUGUGUACCUUUCUGAGGGGUGUGCGCCUGUGUGGGUCUUAGGGAUGAGUGUGCAUGCUAUUUGUAUUUGGGGCGUGUGUGCACCUGGAAGGUUCUGUGUACGUGUGUGUUCAUGUUGAGUUCUGCAUUGUGUGCGCAGACAUUGGGGCUGGGUGUGUGUGUGGGACAUGCGUAUAGGCUCCUGGUGUGUGUGUCUGAGUUGGGUUCUUGGGUGUGUUUGUGUUGGGUUGGGUUCAGGGCCACAUGAGCCAUAGUUAUGUUCUGGAUCUCCUUUAGCCCCAGCUGUGAAUGUAUCUUUCGGUAGUAACACUCCUGCUCUGCUGGGAGUGGUGACAAGAGUGGGAGCCUGCCAGUGUGUCUGAUAAUAGACUUAAAUCCUUAUUUUUCCUCCUUCAUAUCCUUGUCAGCGAUAUUAUGUCUAUCUGUGUGAAAUAUUAAACACCCAGAUCAGGAGCGAGAGUAACAGUAUUUUUCUACAACAGUUUGGAAGUGCCCCAAACAUUCUGGUGAACUCUGGUCUGUUAUCCCAUUCAGUGCAGAGCUGUUAUCUGGGUUUUCCCAGGAAAGGAAUUAGGCCUGCAAAAGACAAUUUUCACUUCCAGGCUUGACCCUGCAGCCGGAUUUUAGAGUGAAAAAGAGGCACGCCUUUUUUUCUUUUAAUAAAAGUAAUUUUGAAUAUCUGAAAAAUAGAGGAAAGAAUAAAGAAUAAGAUAACCACCACCAUCCCACCACAGAGAGAUGACCACAGAGCCUAAUCUCGUGGCCUCUUCCCUGCCUUUCAUUUAACCAUAGGGUAUGUAUCUACUUGGCGUGUUUGAGCUGUCUAUACAGUUUUACUUAAUACCAUGUCAAUAUUUUCUCAUCUGCAUCAUUUUAAAUGCCUUUAGAAGCCAGAUGUCUUCCUCGCUCCAGCUGUCUCCCUUUUCCUGGGCAAGGUGGAUUAUUACUCAUCAGGGCAGAAGGAAGUCACCUGGUCUGCACCCCUGAUCUUAGUGUCAUGGACACCAGGAGCCAUAGAUGAGUGUAGAUUGGGGACCAGAGCACAUCCUACCCAGAACAGGACUCCGCUUGCAGUCUGGUGGCCAUUGGUGCUCAGCUGGCAUGUGUCCCAGCAUCCUGUGGCCCCAGAGCCUCUAACCAAAGUGCAGACAGAGCCAGGUCUGUCAUCCUAGUACUACUGGUCCUUUCAGCGUAGGUUGUUUUUUUUUUCUGUCUGCGUUGGGUCUUCGUUGCUGCGCGCGGGCUUUUUCUGGUUGUGGCGAGCGGGGGCUACUCUUCGUUGCGGUGCGCGGGCUUCUCGUUGCAGUGGCCUCUCUUGUUGCAGAGCAUGGGGUCUAGGAGUGUGGGUCUCAGCAGUUGCAGCGUGAGGGUUUAGUAGUUGCGGCAUGCGGGCUCUAGAGCGUGCAGGCUUCAGUAGUUGUGGCUCAUGGGCUCCAGAGCGCUGGCUCAGUAGUUGUGGCGCACGGGCUUAGUUGCUCCGCGGCAUUUGGGAUCUUCCCGGACUAGGACUCGAACCAGUGUCCCCUGCAUUGGCAGGCAGAUUCCUGACCACUGCACCACCAGGGAAGUCCCUCAAUCUGAACCAUGCAGGAUCUUAGUUCCUUGACCAGGGAUUGAACCCAUGCCCCCUCCAGUGGAAGUCCUCCUUGUCUUGUUCUUGAUCUUAGAGGAAAAGCUUUCAGUCUUUUACCACGGGGAAAUCGAGAGACUUUCCGAGCAACUAGAAGAAAAAGAGAGGGAGACGAAGCAGCUGAUGAGCCAGCCGGAGCCGGAGCAGAAGGAAGUGGCCCUGCUGAGGAGAGGCGCGGCCCAGAAGGGGCGGGCCCCGGCCGCCAGCGACAUCCUGUGCCGCUCGCUGGCCGACGAGACGCAUCAGCUGCGCAGGACGCUGGCCGCCACCGCCCACAUGUGUCAGCACCUGGCCGGGCGUCUGGAUGCACGCCAGCGCGCAGGGGGGGACGCGGGGGAGAGGAGCCCCGAGCCAGCGUGUGCAGAUGGGGACGGCUCUGUCCACGCGGUUGUUGCGAAGUUACGGGAGGAGAAUCGACUGUUGAAGCAGAAGGUGACUCACGUGGAAGACCUCAAUGCCAAGUGGCAGCGCUACGACGCCAGCAGGGAUGAGUACGUGAGGGGACUCCACGCACAGCUGAGAGGGCUGCAGGCCCCCCUCGAGCCUGAGAGGCCCUCCCCGCCCGAGCUGAUGAGGAAGGAGAUCUCCCGGCUCAACACACAGUUGGAGGAGAAGAUCAAUGACUGUGCAGAAGCGAGGCGGGAGCUGGAGGCCACAAGGAGGGCCCGGGACGCCGCGCUGGAGCGGGUGCAGAUGUUGGAGCAGCAGAUCCUCGCGUACAAGGACGACUUCACGUCGGAGAGGGUUGACCGGGAGCGGGCUCAGAGUAGGAUCCAGGAGUUGGAGGAACGGGUGGCCUUGCUGCAGCGCCAGGUACCCUGCAAACAGGUAGAAUGGAGGCCCAUCUCCUCCGGUCCAGGCUGGGCGUUUUCUUCGUGUUCCUUUCAUCGGUUUCAAUCCCUUUCUGCGUCUGCCGAGACCCUGAUUCUGUGCUCCGGGCAGAGCCAUGGUGCCCGGUGCCUGGGGCCUGGUGGCAGAAAACCUCCCGUCGUACCGUGUGUGUCUGUAGAGGAUGUUGGCGUGGUGGCGUGUGACCUCAGGGGUGGCUGUCGGGCCUGUCCUGCACCCAGAGGGCGCGUCCUGGGCCUCAGGCUCCCUACUGGGAGCUUCGUGCACGUGUGUCCCCUCCUCGCUGUGCUGCAGGGACCCUGGUCGCCCUGUCACACACACGCAGCCCCUGAGGCUCCAGGCGUCUGCUGGCGCCCCCCAGCUCACAGCCCCUGUGCACGGAGAUGGGCCGUGCAGGCGGGCAGGCCCCGCAGCUCACUCUGGGCUCCGUGCCGCCCCGCCACAGGGGGUGCUUCUUGGGAGGCCGGGCCUGGGUGGGAACUGACGGUUUCUCACUGCAGGACCCGGGCGCCCACACGCCUCUUCCCUGUUCCUCCCUGGUUCCGCCCAGAGCACCCGAUACACAUCCUCCUGAGGGGCUAGCACCCUGGCGGGGCGGGGAUGCCGAGCUUACCCCGGAACCACCCUUCGUGGUUGGUGGGAGCCAUCCUCAGUGCCCCAUCCUGCGUGGCUGUGGACCCCACUGGUGGACAGAAGGGUGGCCCGGCCUGCCGAGGCCCGGGGCCUG